CAAAGUUAAAUAAAUGGCCGUCAAAUAACGACGGUAGUAUGUUUGUCAGCGUGGAACGAUAUCGUGAACAUAUUUACAAUUUUAGACAAACGUUGAAUACACCCGUUUUGACUGUAGACGAAGCCAUAGAGUUCUAUUCAUCAGACGUGGAUAUAUUCAUAAGUUGGACAGCUAAAAGUAUCCAAAAGUCGCGUUCUGGAACUAUGUGGCCAGUUUUGGUUGGUUAUCAUCUGCUGAUGUUGGCUAAAGAGCAGGCUGGGAUUGAAAGGGCACGUGGCAGUACAUUCUUUUCAAAAGGGGGCUUUAACGCAAUUGAAGUAUUAAAGUACUCUGAAAAGAGAAUUCUAGGAGAAAAUUAUUUAAGGCAGGCUUCAGAAUAUUCACCUAUCGUAAGUUCGGUUUUGACAGAAAAGUAUGAUGGACAGGAUUUGGCCUUUAACAUCAAUAGCAUGAAAAAGUCAAUUAAGGAGAAUAACCUAACAGGUCCGUCUAUUGAAACGGGGCAAAUGUGGUUCGGAAAUAUGACGCUAUUUAUAAACAUUCUACAGGAAGCCAGUCAACUAUUGGUCACGGAGAUUACAGAAAUUCGUAUUCGAAUAUAUGCGGAAAACCUUCAACAAAAGACUAAGGAUCUGGAAAAUGAAAGAAAGAAGAGUGAAAUGCUCCUCCAUGAACUACUUCCGGUUUCCGUAGCAACUAAACUAUUACGUAAUCAGCCAGUGGAACCCGAGUCGUUUGAGUCUGUGACUAUAUUUUUCUCCGAUAUUGUGGGUUUCACGGAUAUUUCCUCACGAAGUACGCCAUUAGAAGUGGUAGAUAUGUUAAAUAUACUAUAUAAGACCUUUGACAGCUAUCUCGAGAUGUAUGACGUCUACAAGGUUGAAACAAUUGGAGAUGGGUAUAUGGUGGCUUCUGGUUUACCACAAAGAAAUGGAGAUCUUCAUUGUAUAGAGAUAGGGAACCUCGCCCUAGAUUUAUUAGACGCCAUAUCUAAUUUAGCCGUCCCACACAUGCCAGAUCAAAAACUGCGCCUAAGAAUCGGUUUGAACACAGGUCCAGUAGUGACGGGUGUGGUCGGUAAUAAAAUGCCUAGAUAUUGUGUGUUUGGCGACACAGUUAACACAGCGUCAAGAAUGGAAUCCUCGAGUUUACCACACAAAAUACAAAUUAGUGACACUACAAAAGCUGGAAUGGAGAAAUGUUGCAAUUUUAUAAUUGCAAUUCGCGGCAUCAUCGAAGUCAAGGGAAAGGGCUCAAUGACAACGUACUGGUUAGAAGGUCGAGUUGCUCCGCCUAAACGAUCCAACGAUAAAUUCGUGUCUACCAUGCUACCAUUGUGAAUUAGUGUUUCUAUUGCUCCGCCUUAGUAAUCUGGUAAAAUUUUAUCGAUCAUACCACUGCGAAUUAGUGUUUUUGUGGCCAGUAAGGCGAAUUACUCCGAUUAAAACUAUCUAAUGGUAAAAUUUUGCUGACCAUAUUACCACUGAAUUAUCCCUUUGGUUAAAAUGUCGAAUCCGGCUACUCAAAAAAUCUGGUAAAAUCUUGUCGACUGCAUUACCACUGUUAAUUAGAGAGUCGAAAUUCGGCUAACAACCUGGUAAACUGUUGUCGACCAUAUUACCACUGAUAAUCAGAAGGUCGAAUUACACAGCCGAAACGACCUGAUAAACUGUUGUCGACCAUAUUCCCACUGAUAAUUAGAAGGUCGAAUUACACCGCCGAAACGACCUGGCAAAUUGUUAUCGACCAUAUAACACUGUGAAUCAGAAGGUCGAAUUGGUCCGCCUAAACAAUACAAUCUUACCAGUCAUAUUACCGUUGUGAUAUAUCAUCAUUCUGGAUUAGCGUUAUAUUUCAAGCAACAGUGGUACGUUUAUAAAGUAAAAUUGUAUUCCGUCCAGAUGUUCACAUUUACUACUGCCUACAAUAUGAUGCCUUAGCUAAAUGUAUAUGUACAGCCCAAACGUAAAAUAAUUUUUCCAGUUGUCUCUUCGUCUUGAUCAAAAAAUUCGACAGAAUAACUCAGAAGACCCAUUUGACAUCAUGUCAUUAGAAUGGGAUGUAAUUUAACGUCACGUCUACACAAUGUGUACACGGUACCUCAAUUUUUCGUCCCAUCCGUACGAAUAGUCCGAUUACUAUCAAGGAUUUGCUAUCAAGUUUGCUAAUUAAAUUUUGUGCUGUACAUAAUUUCUUCAUCACAUACCACAAAAUCGCACAUAUACAUUUCAUACCGCGAAAGCCUUGUUUUACGUGCACGCUAAUGUGUACACGGUACCUCAGUUUUUCUACCGCGAAAGCCUUGUUUUACGUGCACGCUAAUGUGUACACGGUACCUCAGUUUUUCGUCCCAAUCGAACGAACAGUCCAAUUACACUCAAGGAUUUGCUAUCAAUUGGGCUAAUUAAAUUUUGUGCUGUACAUAAUGUCUUCAUCACAUACCAAAAAAUCGCAUAUAUACAUUUCAUACCGCGAAAGCCUUGUUUUACGUGCACGCUAAUGUGUACACGGUACUUUAGUUUUUCGUCCCAAUUGAACGAAUAGUCCGAUUACACUCAAGGAUUUGCUAUCAAUUGGGCUAAUUUGUGCUGUACAUAAUUUCGUCAUCACAUACCACAUAUAAAUUUCAUACCGUGAAAGCCUUGAUCGGAUUUUAGUCGGUUGUUUAGUUCUAGAGGUGGGGGAGAGAGCUGCUGAGAAAUGAAAUGGGGUUUUACGUCUUAUUCUUCUAUUCCGAUUGGAUUGAUGAUGUUGAAGAGACGCCGGGUUUGUCACUGAGGUAUUUGUUGUGGCUCCGGUCUCGUGGCCUGCUCUACCUAGUGGGUCUUCUCAGUCGCCCCCUCCUCUCCCUCCUUCCGGGGUUCAUUCCUCUUCUAAUGAUCCUUAUCGGCAAGCGAAUAAAUUUAGGAAAUGUGUAAGUUCCGAAAUCACCGGUCCCUGUGUUAGAGAUGAUUGGGCGCUACCAUACCACUACCUCCCCUUCUCUCUCUCUCCCCCUCUCUCUCUCUCUCAAUAUGUGGGAUCACAGCUGGGGGAAACCCAAAGGUUCGUUAAUGCCAAGUUUGAAAAACCCUGGAUUAACAAAUUAUACAGCUUUAGUACCGACGGUUAGAGUAGAGUAUCCAGCGAGAUUUUGAUAUAUUUGAAAUUUAAAUUAAAUUAUUGUU